CGUCGGGGGGCUGCAGGACCAACGGUGUGACAGUUCGAAGCGGAAAAAAGAGUGCGUGAGUAAGUGAGAGGGUGAGAAAGACCCAGAGGCCAGCGCGCUCGAGCGGUGAGUGCGCGCGGGACAGCAUUACACCGGCCGAAUUUGGGAGCCGCGAGGAUGGAGAUCCGUCCGGACCGCUUCAAGGCUGUGGCGGGGAAAACCCUGGGAAAGAUACACAGGAUCCUCGAGAAGCGUCAGGCGGAUGGGGAGACCAUCGAGCUGUCGGCGGAGGGCCGUCCGGAGCUGGUGCAGGAGAAGGAGCUGCCCGUGGUGGACUGCACAUGUUUCGGAUUGCCACGGCGCUACAUCAUCGCCAUCCUCUCUGGCCUUGGCUUCUGUAUCUCCUUCGGCAUCCGCUGUAACCUGGGCGUAGCCAUCGUCAGCAUGGUGAACGACCACACUGUCUACAGUGGGAAGAAACCCAUCAUACAGGCUGCCCAGUUCACGUGGGAUCCCGAGACAGUUGGGAUGAUCCAUGGUUCAUUUUUCUGGGGUUACAUCGUCACACAGAUUCCAGGAGGCUUCAUCUGCCAAAAAUUUGCUGCCAGCAGAGUGUUUGGUUUUGCGAUUGUGGCCACGUCCACUCUGAACAUGCUGAUCCCGACGGCAGCGCGUGUCCAUUACGGAUGUGUCAUCAUGGUCAGGAUAUGCCAGGGUCUCGUGGAGGGUGUGUCAUAUCCUGCGUGCCAUGGGAUCUGGUCCAAAUGGGCUCCACCCCUUGAGAGAAGCCGAUUGGCCACAACAGCAUUCUGUGGGUCAUAUGCUGGAGCUGUAGUAGCAAUGCCUCUAGCUGGGAUAUUAGUGCAGUAUUCCGGGUGGUCCUCUGUAUUUUAUGUGUAUGGUAGUUUUGGGAUAUUGUGGUAUCUCUUCUGGAUGUUGGUGUCCUAUGAGAGUCCUGCUGCUCAUCCCACCAUCACCCCAGAGGAGAGGAAGUAUAUUGAGGAAGCCAUCGGAGAAACAGCAGGGCUUGUUAACCCCCUUCAGAAGUUCAGGACCCCCUGGCGUGACUUCUUCACCUCCAUGCCUGUCUACGCCAUCAUCGUGGCAAACUUCUGCCGAAGCUGGACCUUCUACCUGCUGCUCAUCAGCCAGCCUGCCUACUUUGAGGAAGUGUUUGGUUUCGAGAUCAGCAAGGUGGGGUUGGUGUCUGCCCUCCCUCACCUGGUGAUGACUAUCGUAGUUCCAGUAGGUGGGCAGCUGGCUGACUACUUAAGAUCACACAAGAUAAUGACCACCACCAACGUGAGAAAGCUCAUGAACUGUGGAGGAUUUGGUAUGGAAGCCACACUCCUGCUGGUGGUGGGUUUCUCUCACACUAAAGGAAUUGCCAUUUCAUUCCUUGUACUGGCAGUGGGUUUCAGUGGAUUCGCCAUCUCAGGGUUUAAUGUCAAUCAUUUGGACAUAGCCCCACGUUAUGCCAGCAUCCUCAUGGGCAUCUCUAAUGGAGUGGGCACCUUAUCGGGCAUGGUGUGCCCUCUGAUUGUGGGCGCCAUGACUAAACAUAAGACACGGGAAGAGUGGCAGUAUGUCUUCCUCAUUGCAUCGCUGGUACACUACGGGGGCGUUAUCUUCUAUGGUGUCUUCGCAUCAGGAGAGAAGCAGCCAUGGGCAGAUGCUGAGAACACCAGCCAGGAGAAGUGUGGCAUUCUGGGUGAAGAUGAGCUGGCCAAUGAGACAGAAGAGCUUUACAGGAUGGGCGGGCAGUACGGGGCCAUAAGCCAUCCAGACGCCACUGGACCUGACGGGGGUGGAGCUGGGGGUGGGGCUGGAUGGGUCUCCCACUGGGACAAAACAGAAGAAUAUGUUCAGCCAGUUGGUAGAAACAACUUCCUGUAUGGAGGAGAGGAGGAGAGGGAACUCACAUAGUGGGGGAAACAUGUAGAACAUGAGAGGAAGCAGACACGCGUAAUGAACCAGUGGACCCAGUAAACCUGGCAGUCCUGCACCAGUAUAGCCAGUAAACCUGGCAGUCCUGUUGUAGUUUAGCAUGCCAGGUGAUACUGUGUAUAGGGAGUGAGAGUGAACUCUGUACGUUGUAUGAAUAUGCCCUUACACAUGCUAUAGUACUGUGUGUGUGUGUGUGUGUGUGUGUGUGUCUGUGUGUGUGUGUGUGUGUGUGUGUGUGUGUGUGAGAGAG